UUUAUUCUGGAGAAUGCCAAUAGAUUCGAAACCUUACUUGAGACAUGCAAGCGGUAAUGAAAGCCAAAGGAAAGGUAGUAUGACAAUGACUUUGAAAGAUAGUGGGGGAAAAGGAAAGUACACUUUAUCCCUUGAGAAAGAGAGAGGUAGUUAUGGAAAGAAAAUUGGAUUGCUCCAUGAAGCUCCAGAACACAAUAAAUAUUUAAUCUACAUUAAGACUGGCUACAGGAUUGGAUAUACUAGUUUCAAAGACUGCUUCAAGUCUAUCUUCUCUAUUCACAACGAAACAAUGAAUAUAUGGACUCAUCUCGUUGGUAUUUUCAUGUAUAUCUUCCUUUCGUACUAUGUGUGUUAUUUGAUGCCCACCACAGAAGAAUUAAGAAACUUUGAUGGAAGUCAAGGAGCCUUAGUCAGAUAUCAUAAAUACUUCGUCAAAAAGAUUCUUGGGUAUAAUGUAGAACACUUAAGAGAGGAAAAUAGUGAGAUCUUCCCUUUGAUACUUCAUUACCUUGGAGGAGUAAUCUGAAUGGCAUGCAGCACUUCGCAUCAUGUUUUCAUGUGUCAUAGCGAAAAAGUAUUCCAUUUCUUCUAUAAAUGUGACAGCUUUGGUAUCUUGUUUCUUGCUCUUGGAAUGAACUUUACUAUGAACUUUUAUAUAUUCUAUUGUGAGCAGACCUUCUAUAUCGCUUAUAUCUACAUCGGCUUGGCAAAUUUGAAUUCAUUAUUAAUAGCGAUUCUGACUUUUCACCCUAAGUUUAACCAGACUAAAUACAGAGCUCUGAGAGUCUGGCUGUUCAUAAUAUUCGGCGUCAUAUGUUGUAUUGCUAUUUUCCAUUCAUUAUUCAUCACGAAUCCGUUAUACUCCUAUGGUGCAGCACCAUGGUGGUUUAGCGGUAACAUUAUUUCAAUUUUUGGAUCGUACAUUUAUGUUAAGAAAGUUCCAGAAAGAUGGUAUCCUUGCACCUUCGACCACUGAGGACAGAGCCAUAACAUCUGGCACCUUUUGAUUAUGGUUGCAUCAGGAAUUCAUUGCAUUGCCUCACUAUCAAUGCAUUAUGCUAGGAUGGAUAGAGUGUGCCCUGAUUGAACUUAA